AUGGCGCCGCCAGGCCUGCCGCUUCCCUCGAAGGAGCAGUGCUUUGCUUUGACGGAUGAACAAUGCCACAAGAUCUUACUACAUCGCGACCCGGACGAUACAAGGGCCAACAAGACGUGGGAGCUGCUCCAUCAGCCAGAGCUGGUGCGACUUUAUAUGACCCGGAUUAGCUUCCCGCAAAUCAGAGACUACAUGAAAUCCAAACUAGACUACUCUUACAAGACAUAUGCCAAUCGGUACAAGGACUGGCAUCUCCCGGUUAGCCAAUAUGAGCGGGAGCAGACGGUUCGGGAGCUGUUUGGGCUUGUCUCGGGUUCGAGCAAUAUUCAAGAGGUAGCAGCAACUACGACGCCAGGAACCCCGGCAAGGUUACCAAUUCGACCAAUUCAACCUCAACCAGCCUCUCACCUACCACAGCAGCUCCCUCCUCCGCAGACAUCGCUCCCGCCUUUGCCGCAGCAACUGCCCCCUCCGCAAACAUCAUUGCCGCCAUUACCCCCCAUAGCAUCCCGAACAUCACAUUCGUCACGCCCGUUGCACCCUCCACAAGUCUCCGCGCCACCUCCACCAUCGCAAUCCUCCCAGUCAUCGCAACAUUCAUUUGAUUUGGCGCAAGACUACUUCUCCCCAAUGCGUCGGCAGAUUGAUUCAAUCAGAAGCCCUACACCAGAUAGAAUGUCUAUAGCCACCAUGGAAACUUGGUCGACUGGAAGCGCUCAGUCAAGUUUUCAGUUCGAUGACACCUUCUCAGAACCACGGUAUUCGAUGGCCAGUCUAGCGACGACAAAUUCUUCCUUGAGUUCAAGCAGUCAAUUCAGCCAAACAUCAUCCAUGUCCAGAAGUCGAUCUGUAAAACCUCCUAAGCAUGAUUCUCGGGCUGGAGUAUGGAACAAUUCCUUACGAGUCAUUCCCUGCGGCAAGACUCAUAGCCACUUACGUUGGGAUGUAUCUUUUGCCACUUGCAACAUUUGUGGCUUCUCUCAAUGGCAUGCUCUCAUGUUGCAAGCUCGUAGCGUAGAUCCUAAUAUGUUUGGACCCGCCAUGUUCGGCCUGAGAGACGUAUGCAAAGUCGACUUCGCAGGGAACCAUACAUUACAUUAUCUUAUGUCUGCAGGAGUCGGCAUGGAAUAUUUCACCCACCUGUCUCAAUGGAAAGAAACCACCCCAAAUGUCUUUGGGCAAAACCCUUUACACGUGGUUGAUCCACAAGCUCUUGGAGACGAAUUGAUGGAUUUUGUGGAUUGGUUCAAAGUCCAAGAGACCCCACCAGGACUGUUACUUACACAGCGAGAUAUGAAGGGACGAACGCCGCUUCAUUGUCUUCUACAGCGGCCUCUUGAGCGAGAUCUCUACUCGAAGAUUUUCAGGGCGUUUCCCUGGAUUGAGCAUCAAUUAAGCACUUUUGACACUUCCGGAAGGACCGCAAUCAUGAUGAUGGUUGAAGUAGCACAGAAACGCAAGUCGGAAUCGCCAGCAGAUUAUCAGAAAAUGCAAGCAGGCAUCGUGGAGGUCAAGGUAUUCCUAUCCCAAUCCGGUGAGAUUCUCGAACGGAACAGACAACUGUACGGCCUCCACGACAUCGCGCGAGGAGCUAGAGGCACGUCUUACUUUGGUUUUUACGAGUGCCGCGUCUGCAACCGGACGAAUGCGCAUUCCAAUUCUUACUUGGACCAAUUGAUGUGUGCUUGUAACCAGGGGAGGGAUAGGAACGGACCGGACGACACGGGCAUGACGCCCGCCCACGCCAUCGUCACCCAAUCGCGCUGCAACGAUGACCCAGAACUCACACCUGAAACACCGCAGCAAACGGUGCAGCUCAUGCAAGUGCUGCUUCCCCGCGGCGACCCCACGCUUCUGGAAACCCUCCGCGUCCUCGACGGCGAAGGGAACACCCUAAUCUACAACAUUGCAACGCGAGGCCUCUACGAGCUACUCGAGUACGUGCUUCACCUCGAAGAACCGGCACGCAAGAGGGCCAUGGUGAAUUGCUGCCAAAUGGGUCCGUUGAAACGGGAAUGGAGCGUCUUGGCCGCUGUCGACACAAUCCGAGGUCAGAUAUUCGACCCACAGAAACGACAUCGGUUUUCAAAAACGAAACAUAUUUUGCAGAGAUACGGCGCAGAGAUGCAUCCUAGUAUUACAACAAGAUGGCAAAUUUCCUGGGCCUUUUAG